AUGGACGAGGCAGCGAGCGCACCUGCGGCGCUCUUGUCAUCCCCUGCGUCCCUUCGCAGCCGCUGUGAGGAGAUUCUGUGCGAGCUCAUGGAAACGCAGCGGGGGCUUGGACGGGAGUGGAAGAACGUUCAGCCUUGCGUUGUGCGUGCGUCGCAGCUGCUUUUGCAGCAGGCGCAGCAGCACGACGAGCGGUUGGGGCAGCUGGAGGAUAAAAUGACUCAAGUUCUGAAUGCCGUGGAGGUCAUUGCGAGCGACUGUCGGCUGAAGGAGCAACGUUACCGCAUGGACCGUGAAAGCACGGAAAGGGCAGUGCAGGAGCUCCAGCGCUCCAUCCAGCAGCUUCACGACGCUGUGGCGACGGAGCGCCGUGCCAGCCACCAGUUUCGCGAGGAGACGCUCUACCCCGGUUUAGCGGAUCUACAGCAGCAAAUCGAUCACCUUUCGUCAGGCGCCCCCGCGCAUGUGCUCCCGUCGCAGCCACCACAGCAGUUAUCGCCCUCAGCAACACUGGCGCCGCCACCUCCGCCUUUGCCAGCAGCAGUCUUUGAAGCUGCAACCGACAGUGACCGCAGGGAAGGUGCGGAGGGCCCUGCAAUGAAGGAGAUGAUUCGGGAAGUGAGGCUUCUGCGCAAUCAGUGGCAGCAGCUCCUGCAACAGUCGCAGUCAGCGAUGCCAGUCUUUUGGCGGUGCGCAGAGGGGAAACCCCGCAUGGAAGCCAAAAGUUCCAUGAAAAACAGACGAGUUCUGCUCUCUAUGGUGCGUCCGAGUGUUGACUGCAGUACGGCACGGUGGCAUUGGCGUGGAGGUCACGUGCCGACGCCGACGCUUUCGCCGGACAGCCCCAUUCCGUGGAGCACGCUGCAUCUGCGGAAAACAACAACAGGGGAGUGGCUCUCGGUUGGCGCAGCCCCCGACGGCACGGCGACUCACCCCGAACUUAGCGAAGGGGGAGGGCCCCCAUUUCUCUGGCGUCCGCGGCGUCCUUCUUCUAUUGAGCUCUUGAAAGCUGGCAUCUAUCGCGUAACGGUCUGUCUGCUCAGCAGCUGCUAUCGUCGUACUGGUGGGAAUAGUCCCGGCAGUGGAGGAGGUGCCGCCAGCUCCGUGCCGCCGUCCGUAUCGCUCAGGGUCAACGACAGGGCCGUGUUCAGCUUCUUCACGGGGGGAUCCACCUGCUAUGCGUUGCAGCCGGCAGAGGGAGCCGGCCGCCAAAAUGCUCCCGCUCCUCAUGGCAGCAGUAGUAACAAAACAGCCUCAUCUUGUCAGGCGUCUGCCUGUCCCCGUCGCUUGUGCAACUGCAGCGCAUUAGCCGCAUGCACUACUUCGACUUUCGCAGAUUUUCUUCGUUUGCCAGCCGGGUCAUGUGUGUCUGUCCACUGCCACGACGCGGCCGACGCAGGCGCGGCCCAUGAGGCGCUUCUCGAGGUGGAGUUUAUAGCCGGCUAG